AUGGAUUCGUCGUCGUCAGGCGGGGACGACAGGUGGAAGCUGUCCAAGAAGGGGCGGAGCAGAUCCGGCAGGCCGCACGCCAUGGACGCCUCGGCGGGCAGCGUGCUCAGCCGGAGCUACUCGGCGAGCGUGGGCAGCAGCAGGAGUACGACUACAAGUACCAGUACUGCUGCAGCAGCCACAGGCACAGGCAGCAGCAGCUCCUCCUACUCCGCCGCCUCGUCUUCCCAGCAAGCAGCAGGCGGAGCAGAGUCGUCGUCGUCGUCGUCAUCGCGGCUGUCCAAGAAGUGCGUGGAGGCGGUGAAGGAGCACCGGGCGCGCUUCUACAUCGUCCGCCGCUGCGUCUCCAUGCUCGUCUGCUGGCGCGACUACUAG